AGUAAGAAAUAACAAUAAUUGAUUGUAAAGCUCCCUGCACAGCGCCUGGCCCUUGAGAAGCACUUAGGAGAAGGUUCGCUGUUGUUGCUAUGAUUCCAAAGUGUUAGCAGAGAAAGAAUCGAAUGGGACAAGUGGCUUCCUAAAAAUCGGAGGCAGGAGCUCGGGCUAAAAUGCUACAGGUACAAAACUCAAGUAUAAAAUGAGGUAAGGGGUGAGGAGAGAGGACUUAAUACUCAAACGAGCUGUUGGCAGGAGGUUUGGGAACCACUUCUAUCAAGACAGCAUUGCUGUGGCUAAAAACAAAAAUGUCCAGAUAUGGGCAGGACAAACUUUCUCAAACCAGGUCCUAAUCUCCAGAAUCAGGCCAGUUUCAUAAAAGUCUGGGAACAGAGAGGACUUGCUUGUGCCGUGUCAGCCUGCAAAGGGCUGUCUGCCUCCCCCGUCUACCAGGAGUGUUGGUUAAAAAACCCUCAUAAAUAAACUUCAGCCCCUUUUGUUGUCGGGACUUUGGAACAGCAGUUCUGAGCCCCCCAGAAAGUGGAGGGCCUGCUGAGUCAGGCAUGACAAUGCCUUGGUCACAGUUUUCUGUGCCUGCAAAGUUAGAACAAGCGUAGACUUGGCUCAUUCUCAGAAUCCUGGGUUAAAAUGCAAACCUGGCAGAGGAAGUCCAGGUUGCCAAGCCGCCCUCCAGCCUGGCCCCAAGAGGAAUGGGCACAAAAUUCACCCAGGGAUUCAGGAGCCAGGCCCACUCAAACCAGCCACGGGGUGGAUCUCUAACUCAAGAUUUUAGCAUGAGGAGUUUCUUUCAUGGCUGCCCUGGGUCUCCCCAAGUAAUAACAGACGUCUGGGCUGCCACCAUCCACCCAGGAUGCCUCGCGUUUGCUGGGAACCAUCCCUCGAGAGCCCGGCUGGCGUGUUUUUAGCGUGGCUCUGGAGAUCUUGCUGAGUGGAUCGGAGGGGUUUCUGCUGCUGCUGCUUUUUAUUUAUCAGUUCCUUUUCUGUGGACUGGGCCUCGCCCUGCUCCUGCUGACAUGAUGGCCCAGUCUAAGUCCAACGGCUCGCACUAUGCGCUGACCGCCAUCGGUCUGGGGAUGCUGGUCCUUGGGGUCAUCAUGGCCAUGUGGAACCUGGUACCUGGUUUCAGCGCCACGGAAAAGCCAACAGCUCAGGGUAACAACAAGACCGAGGUGGGCAGCGGCAUUCUCAAGAGCAAGACCUUCUCCGUGGCCUACGUGCUGGUGGGGGCGGGAGUGAUGCUGCUGCUGCUGUCCAUCUGUCUGAGCAUCAGGGACAAGAGGAAGCAGCGGCGAGGCGAGGAGAUGGCCCACGCCCAGCACCAGCCAGGGGCCGGGCCUCAUGCCCAGGAGGAGGACAGCCAGGAGGAGGAGGAGGAGGAAGCCUCCUCAAGGUACUACGUCCCCAGCUACGAGGAAGUCAUGAACACAAACUACUCGGAGGUGAGGGUGGUGGACCAGAACCCGAGGUUGAGCAUCUCUCUCCCCUCCUACGAGUCACUGACGGGGCUCGACGAGAUGACCCCAACCAGGGCUGAGGUGGAGACCAGCCCGGGGAACCCGCCCGACAGACAGAACUCUAAGUUGGCCAAACGCCUGAAGCCACUGAAGGUUCGAAGGAUUAAAUCGGAAAAGCUUCACCUCAAAGACUUUAGGAUCAACCUCCCGGACAAAAAUGUCCCUCCUCCCUCCAUUGAGCCUUUGACACCCCCACCACAGUACGAUGAUGUCCAGAAGGGCCCUGACACCAGGCCGCCUGACUGAGGGCCCCUCUCCCGGGCCGUUUCCCUCCUGUGUCUCUCGCCCUCCGUCCGCACAACAGACUGAAUGAAGCCACAUCAGCCACACGUGAGCGGAGGGGCCGGACAUGCACACAGCAGCUCGGAUGGGGGGCGGGAGUCUCAGUGUCGGGAGUGACUCUGAUAUUUCACAGGUACAUCCCAAAGCCAUGUGGCCUUGGAACCCACAAGCCCAUGGACCACAUCGAGGACGUGGCACAGCCAUCUUCCUCAUCCUCUUUCCCUGACUCUGAACCGUGGGCGACACACUGCUCUUUCCAGCUAGGAAAGGCUUAGACUGUGAUUGUUUUGUUUCGCGUCCACUAGGGCUGUUUUGUUUCAAAAAGAAACCAAGUUUGGCGUCUGCUUUCUUCACCGGAGUCCUAGGAAACACGACUCAGCUUUGUAGUAAAGACACAGGGCUGUUUGGGGAUUUAAGCGGUGAGGUCCCAGUGGUGGCUCUCUUAUGGGCCCCUGAUGCCAUCGGUUCCUUGACGGCCAGAGGCCCGAUGAGCUUCGGCACAUGGUGCGUAAGAGAACAGUCCCGGUUGGUACACUUUAGUAGUCUCUUCUGUGUGAUAGCAAAUGACAAAAAUAAAAGGAAAACUGUGGGGAAUGUUUUGGAAUGCCUUGUGACUGAGCUUUUUAUAAUAAAAUAUUUUAUAUGUA